ACAGACAGAGGGACAGACAGAGGGACAGACAGAGGGACAGAGCUCACUCUCACAGCACCAUGCUGAUUAAAGAGUACCGUGUUUGUAUGCCACUGACUGUAGACGAGGAUCGGGCAGCUGUACAUGAUCAGUAAGCACAGCUGUGAGCAGAGUGGAGGUGGAGAAGGGGUGGAGGUGGUGAAGAACGAACCCAGUGUUCACCCCCAGUAUGGAGCGGGGCAGCUGACGGAGAAGAGAAUUUACCUCAGCAGUAAACUUCCGUCCUGGGCAAAAGCCUUCGUUCCCUGGUUCUUCUAUGUGACAGAAACCGCCUGGAACUUUUACCCAUACACAAUCACAGAGUACUCUGUUUCAUUUCUCCCCAAGUUCAGCGUCCGAAUCGAGACCAGAUUUGAGAACAACAAGGGCAAUAACAACAACGUGUUCGGGGACACGCCCUCCCCAGCUCCCAGUGUGAGUUUCCUGGACAUCCUCAGCGACCCCAUCCCUGAAAAACACUACAAAGAAGUGGAGGACUUGAGUCGCUGGCAGUCCAGAAGAACGGGCCGAGGCCCCCUGCAGGAGGGCUGGAGAGACACCCAGGAGCCCAUCAUGUGCUCCUACAAGAGGGUGCAGUGCAGUUUUGAAGUGUACGGCUUCCAGAGCAGAACUGAGGAGUUCAUACACAAGAACAUCCGAGACAUUCUCCUGGUGGGUCACAGACAGGCAGUGGCCUGGAUGGAUGAGUGGCACGGGCUGACCAUGGAGGAGGUGAGGGAGUACGAACGGACCAUGACAGAGAAGACCAACAGCAAAGUCAAAUCCAGCCAGAGCAGCACAGGACCACCACCCGCCCCUCGUCCUGCGUUCUCUCGCUCCAUCUCAGUGACAGAUGAGCGUUCCCUUCACAAAAUGGGAUUGAAGACGGUGUCCAUGUCCGACCUUCCAACUCCAACCACCGCUGCACCACAGAGUCCCAUGCGCCUCAACUCCACCCCAGAAUGACCACGCACAUGCACAUAUGCAGCCAAGUCAGGUUAUGUCACAUGGUCACAAAGAGCUUCUCACUUAGAUCUGUCCUGCUGCCAACAUAAGGCUGGGCCGCUGCUUAGCUUAGCAAUUAGCCACCCUUGAAAAAACAGCCUCACCUGCAGGCAAUUUUACAACUUUUAAGGGGAGGAGGUCUGCAAAGAAUUCCUCCAGGUCAGGUUUAAUUUCUCAGCUGAAAUCCCAACAACAACCUGAUGGCGGUGCUGACUCUGAGAGGAAGGAAAGCCUCUUUGUCUGAGACCAGGAGCUCCACGUGACCUUCACCUCCCCGUGACCUUCACCUCCCCCCAGUGGGUCUUCAUGGAGAACAUUCUCUCUGUUCUCGUCCCGUUGGAGCAACUAACUAAAGAGUAGCAGAUGUUCUUCCUUUAAUGGACCAGGUGGAGACCACGGACCACG